CGGGGGCGGUGGCAGCGGCAGGCGGGGGCGGCCCGGCCGGUUCGCUGGCGGCCGGCGUGGCUGCCUGAGCCGCUGCCUGAGCCGCUGCUGCCCGGCGCCGCGGGACGCCAUGGGCUGGCUGCCGGCGCAGGGGCGGCUGGCGGCGGGGCUGCUGGUGAACUUGGCCGCCUCCAUCUGCAUCGUCUUCCUGAACAAGUGGCUGUACGUGCGGCUGGGCUUUCCCAACCUCAGCCUCACCCUGGUGCACUUCGCCAUCACCUGGCUGGGCCUCUACCUGUGCCAGGCGCUCGGCGCCUUCUCCCCCAAGAGCCUGCAGCCCGCGCAGGUGCUGCCCUUGGCCCUCAGCUUCUGCGGCUUCGUCGUCUUCACCAACCUCUCCCUACAGAGCAACACCAUCGGUACCUACCAGCUGGCCAAAGCCAUGACCACGCCGGUCAUCGUGGUCAUCCAGAGCCUGGCUUACGGGAAGACCUUCCCGCUCCGUAUCAAGCUCACCCUGGUCCCCAUCACGCUCGGCGUUUUCCUCAACUCCUACUACGACGUGAAGUUCAGCGUCCUCGGGAUGGCGUUUGCCACCCUGGGUGUCCUGGUGACCUCCCUCUACCAAGUGUGGGUAGGAGCCAAGCAGCAUGAGUUGCAGGUAAACUCUAUGCAGUUGCUGUACUAUCAGGCACCAAUGUCCUCGGCUAUGUUGUUGUUCAUCAUACCCUUUUUUGAGCCGGUCUUUGGAGAAGGGGGAAUAUUUGGGCCCUGGACGCUUUCUGCUGUGAUAAUGGUACUGCUGUCUGGAAUAAUAGCCUUUAUGGUAAACCUGUCCAUUUACUGGAUCAUUGGAAAUACGUCACCUGUCACGUAUAACAUGUUUGGACAUUUCAAGUUCUGCAUCACACUCCUGGGAGGGUGCCUCUUAUUUAAGGAUCCACUGUCUGUUAAUCAAGGCCUAGGGAUUCUGUGCACAUUGUUUGGCAUUUUAGCUUACACCCACUUCAAGCUUAGCGAGCAGGAAAGCAAUAAGAGUAAAUUGGUUCAGCGUCCAUGAAGCAAGGGGUUCUGGAGAUUAAUAAUAUUGUGAAGGAAAGCAAGUGUUUAAAUAUGCAUUGAUUCUAGAAUGCACAAAAUUGCCUCGUUCAUUUAGAUCUAUGGUUUUAGUUUAACUGCCAGGAUCAUUAUUCUGUAACUAAACUGAAGGAACUGAAUUAUGUAAAACGCUGGAUUUUUGCCAUCUCAGUCCAUCCUCUCGUUUUCAUUAAAUUUAGAUGGUAACUUAAAAGAGAAAAAGGCACACUUCAAAUUGCUGUGGAAAUUGUACUGGAGUAAUUAUAUUUUUUUGCAUACCAAAUGAGAUCAUGAUGGCUACAGUUAUAAUACAGAGAGAGAAAGAAAAGGGAUCUUGUCUUUGUGAUCAUGCCAGUAUUACUGUUGUGAAGAAACUUGGAGGCACUUUUUUGCAGAUGUUCUGGCAUGUAAUGAUGCUUCCUCCUUUUUGUCUGGUGAACGAUGAAGAGGAAACGUACUUUGUUCAGUAGUUUUAAAAAGGGCCGCCAAGCUUAAUCCUAUUUCUUGUACGGUUUCUUAUGUAUGUUUGGCUUCAACACAUGGAUUAGAUUUUGGCUGAACAAAGUAGAUAAAAUUACAGGUGGAGAGAGACUAGAAGGGAGACACUGGAAAACCUGAAGCCACAGGCCAAGCUAAAGAAAAGUAGGAAAUCAGAUCUAAACAGUUAAUUUUUUCUUUUGAUCCAUCAGGACAUGAAUGAAGUAAUAUGUGGUUUAGAAAAUUCUGUUACUGGUUUAUAAUUUUCUCCAUGCCAAAACCAAGGCUUUAUGUGACAUCUUGUAAAUACCAGUGAGCCUAACAAUACCUCUGAUUUUGUGGUAGUAGCCAAAUAUUUUGCAGCCCAUGCACACAGACACCCGUGCUAAAUAUCUCCUCGGAUAAAUCUUUGGAAAGGUCACCAUCUGUAAUGGAUGUGAAGGUUUCCUGGUUCUCUCUCCUGCCUUCGGCCCCACCUCCCUCUCUCCUGCACCUUUCCCCGAGAGUUACAUUCAGUGGGAUCCACGGAUUUGUCUGUUGGUGUUUCAGAGGGGAGGCCCCGGGCAGUGCUGGGAUGGCAGCAUUUCCUCAGCAGUCGGUCAACUGGAAAAUACCGAAGUGAGAGAAGAGCGUGAGGUGGGACCUGCUUCUGCUUUAAUUUGGGAAGGCUUUGAAAAUUAUUUUAUGCCGGUAUCAAGCUCUGAUUUUGACAACAUGGAAGGAAGGAGAAGUUGAGUACUCUUCUAUUUUUAAAAAGGAAGAAAAAAUAACUGCUUUCAGUAAAUCUGGUGAGAACAUAUGUUCACUGGAUUUUCAGGGUUAGAAUUUAUUUGCAGGUCUUAAUCUUCACAUUUUGGGGUUUAAUUUAUCUUCAUCUACCUCUGGCAGAAUUAAAGAGGGGAAUUACAUGAACAAAACUAGCUAUCUUAAGUUUUAUAGCCACCAACAGAAAUGAUAUUUAAUUCCUCUGAGCUUUUUUACAAUAGAGGCAACAAGUCUUUGUGUAAGAAACGAUGCAGAUCUUCUCAAGUUUGUAAAUUAUUUAUCUGUUACAGAGUUCUUGAUUUAAGAAAAACUAAUUUCUCUGUGUAACCUAAGUUUACACCAUAAUACUCUGUAUCAUUUCAGAAUUAGAAAUACCUGAAUCAUUUUGCAUCUUUACCAGCUGUGUCUUAGACAUUGUACUUGUCCAAGGAUAAUUUUUUGUAUGCAUUUUUAUAAGUCUAAUUAGUUUAAAAAUACAGCUUGAAGUACUGAAAGAUGUGUUCAGACAGGACAAUCUCUGGUUGCAUAUCCUUCAGUACGUACACCGAGAAAGCCAUUUGCAUUAAUUUGUGCUGUGCACAAGUUCUUCUAGAAUGUAGAUAGACUGCAAAGACUCUUACGGUUAGAAAGCAACAAAUGAAUUUGAAGCCUAUAUGGCAACAAUAUUAGGGAUGAAACUGAUGUAAAUAUAAAGCAGUAGAAUUAACAAAACAACCAUGUCUGAAAAUAUGAAGGACUCCUUAAGGAGAGGAGCGGAUCUGCAAGAGAAAGUUAACAGUAUCAUGUAAAACAAUACAUUAUGAAUACAGUCUUGCUGGAAUGUGUAAGUCUUGAAGGUCACUUAAGUGACAUGAUUUUUUUCAUGUGUUCAAGAGCUCUCCUUUGAGAUUUAGCUGUUGUAUCUAACAAAUAAAGUAUCUCGAACUUGGUCAUAUGGUUCAAAAUAUUAAAUUCAGGAGGCUUGUGAAAUUGUGGGAUAAGUAGAUCUUUGUAUGUAUUGUAUCUCUGGAUACCAUGUGUAGAGUGGGAAUAAAUUUUUAAUUACUUGACAGAUA